AGUCUCCAUCUGUUGGAUCUGCCUUGGGAAGAUGUGUUGGUCCCUCAUGUCCUGUCCUAUUUACCACUACGACGCAUCAUAAAUCUGCAGAGGGUCAGCAAAGCUUUUCAGUCCUUAGUGCAGCUCUAUCUGGCCAACUGUCGAAGCUUUGACUCCACACAGCUUGGCUCACAAUUACCGAAAAAUUCUUUUUGCAGUAUGCUAAAACACAAUUCAGUAUUACAAAGACUUGACUUACGAAGCUGUUCUGAUUGGUUAACGGACAAGGAGCUUCUUCCUGUCAUUGGACAGAACCAUCAUCUUCUUCAUAUCAAUCUUAACAGUUGCGUGCAGCUGAGCCGGCAGUCCCUGGUGGCCAUAUCAAUCAGUUGCCCUCACUUACAGAAAAUUUGGCUUGGUCACUGUGAAUGGGUAGACUGCCUUUCCCUUCGCAGCCUAGCAGAUCACUGUAAAUAUUUGGAGGCCGUGGAUCUGACAGCAUGUCGUCAGCUAAAGGAUGAUGCAGUAUGUUAUUUGGUGCAAAAGAGCAAACGGAUGAAAUGUCUUUCAGUAGCUGUCAAUGCAAACAUUACUGAUAUAGCUGUAGAAGAAACUGCUAAGAACUGCCGAGAUCUGGAGCAUCUUGAUUUAACAGGAUGUCUGCGGGUGAAGAAUGAAUCUAUUAGAACUUUAGCGGAGUACUGUACAAAACUGAAAUCCCUCAAAGUGAAGCACUGCCACAAUGUGACAGAAUCCAGUCUAGGAAACCUGCGGAAGAGAGAUGUAACAUUAGACGUGGAGCCUCCAUUACAACGAGCAUUGGUUCUCUUACAGGACGUUGUUGGAUUUGCACCGUUUAUUAACCUUCAAAUAUAG